AAUUUCCCCCAAAAAAAGAAAAGAAAAGAAGUUUUCGACUUGGACAUAAACCGGAGGAGGUGGGCGGGGGCGGGGGUGCCUCUGCCUGAUAGGAUGAUGCGAAUGAAUUGGACCAAUUGGUUGGUGGAGUGAAGUGGGAGUGGGUGAGAAUUUGAAAUCUGAAAUUGGAUUUUGAUGGAAGCUUUCCACCCCCAACUUCAUCCCCAACACAUGAUCAGACUUCCUCUCUCCUUGUCUUCCAAACUCAACCUCAAUCGGUGUUUUUCGCUUUACUCUCACUCGACGACACCCUUCUCCUCUGCCUCCGCUUGGGACGGGGUUAAGGCCGCCACCGCCGCCAAGGUCUCCGACGCUGCUCAGCUCAAACACAACUGGUUGGCCUCUCUCUCGUGCCCUUUUCCUCACGCCCCUGAUUCCUUGGAUUCGACCCGUACCAAUUCGGAUUCCAGUUGGGUCAUUGGGGUCGACCCGGAUGUUUCUGGUGCUUUGGCCCUCUUGAGAGCGGAUGAUGAUGACCCAGCUUCUUCUUCUGCUCAGGUAUAUGACUCUCCACAUUUGAAAGUGCUGGUUGGUAAAAGAGUUCGCAGGCGUUUAGAUGCAAAAUCUAUUGUUCAGUUGCUCGGCAGUUUUGAUGCUCCUCCCGGUACGGUUGCAUAUGUGGAGCAGUCGACCCCCUUUCCACAAGAUGGAAAGCAGGGAUGGUGGAGUGGAGGUUUCGGGUAUGGACUAUGGAUUGGGAUCUUAGUUGCGAUGGGGUUUUCUGUUGUUCCAGUGUCAUCUGUUUCGUGGAAGAGCAAAUUUGAAAUCAGCGGAAGUAUGUAUACAAAGGAUGAUAGCCGGAGGGUUGCGUCUGCAUUAUUUCCAUCAUUGAAGUCCAUGUUGGAAAGGAAAAAAGAUCACGGAAGGGCCGAUGCCCUACUCAUUGCCGCAUACGGAAAGGGGAUGGAGAUUAAGUCAGACUUAUCAUCCAACCCAGAGGUAUUUGUAACUUGAAAUUUGCAGAUUGCCCCCGAUUAAUUGUUAUAAACCAAGAGAGGAAUGAUGAAUGCAGCGUGCAGCAGUUUGAAAGAUUUUCUCAGAUUUAGAUCAUUGGUGCGAUCAUUUAUCAGAGGUUAGUGUUAGCUUUUAGUACGAAGAAUCUUUUUAUUAUUAUUACUUGAGAAUGUAAUUUCCUAGAGUGUAUAGUUAGUGAACCGUUGAAGUUCUUCCUUGCUUGGGAUCCCCCUCUAAAAAGUGCCUUCAAACUUGGGGCGUGCUUAUGAAACGGUAAUGGAAUAGCAAGAAACGGAAUUGCACUGUGUUCGAAACA